GAAAGUUUUUUGUCAAUCAGCCACCCUGAGCAGCUUCAGUUUGCCGCUUGUAAAGCGUUUGCUCCAGACCGCUGCUGCCGCUCCGGCCUUGUCACCGAGUUGUCUGACGCAUCUAAGCGUAAUAUUAAGUAUUUCUAGAAAUGUCGGACGAUAAGAAGGAUGUGAAACCAGACAACGAACACAUCAACCUAAAGGUUGUCGGACAGGAUGGAAGUGUUGUGCAUUUCAAGAUCAAAAAGCACACGCCACUGCGGAAACUAAUGACUACGUACUGUGAUCGUGCGGGGCUCAGCAUCCAGAACGUGCGAUUCCGGUUUGACGGCCAGCCAAUAAAUGAGACAGACACACCAGCAGGCCUAGACAUGGAGGAUGACGACACCAUCGACGUGUUCCAGCAGCAGACGGGUGGCCACUGCAGCACCACACACAGAGAGCAUGCACUGUGACAGUUGCAGCUUGGGCUACUGCGUUGGGCGGGCGAAAUGCGGCGCCCCAUUCACAUAUUUUUUUGUACAUAAUGAGUAAACACGAGUUCCAAAACAAAGCAUAAGCAAAGCUAAAGCCUGCCUCUGGAAUUUACUGAGGAGGCUGACAUAGGUCUUGUUUUUUUUAUCCUCUUUAUGUACAGUGUUGCCAGUUCAACCCCCUUUUUUUGUGCGUGUUGUCAUCAUUUCUGUUUUCUCUUCAGUAUGCCCUGCCUAAUUGUUCCCCACCACAUCUUUGCUGCCUGCCUGUUCUCAAAAGGCUCCUGAAGAAAAAUUCUUUCACUUGUCUACAUUGUCUUACAGUAAACACGUAAACCUUUCAUUGUGCUUGCGUCAUCAAUAAAGUGUUUUCUGCAUACUGGAA